CCGCGACCGUCAGUGUCAACCGCGCGCUCGAGGUGGGAGCACGCGUCUAUGCCGCGCCGAGCCCCACUACACGUGCUACUGCGAUCGACUUCCGGACAUGUUACUGCAUCUACCCUUAUUGUGACCGUUCUGUUAUCAACUACUAUCGUGCUCUUCUCUGGAUUGACAUAGUGUGAAACCUAGUGCUAGGAUGAUAAUGUGCCAGUGUGUGCGAUGCGCGUGCGACUCGAUCCCGCGGUAACCGCAAUGCUGUCGCUGCUGGCGGCGGCGUUGCUGGCGGUGGCGGGCGCCGACGGCGUGCGACCGGCGCCCGUGGCCGUGCCGCGGUGUUGCUCGGCCGGGCGCACGCUGGCGGCCGACGCGCUGCAGGCGCCCGUACUCACGCGCGCCGCCGCCGCCGCCUCCUGCGUGGAAGACGCCGAGGCCCGGCCCUGGGCGCCCCGUGUGUACGCGCCCGCGCGCAACUCCUUCCUCAAGCCGGGGCAGCUGCCGCCGCACUGGCGGCUGGCGGAUGGCGCGCUGCCGGCCUGUGCCGACCUACGCGUGCUGCCCGCCGACGCGGCGCCGUACGCGCUGCUCGCCAACAACGGCUCCAUCAUGCUGCGGAGCCCGCCGCGCGUGCUGCCGACGACGCGGUACUGCGCCGACCACGCGGCCGCGCUUCUGUGCCUGGAGGACGACGAGCGGCCGCCGUCCAAGUGUUGCGGGGCCGGGAAAGUGUACGACGGCGCAGGCUGCGUGCCGGACGACGUUAGGGCGGCAGCAGCGUGGCAGGAGCUGAGGACGUUUGCCGGCGAAGCGGACGUGAGCAUCGGCUGGCCGGCAUGCCCGCCGGGGAUGCAGUACUCGGUGUCGGGGGAGCUGGCGAAGGCGACACUGGAAGGCAACGGGUCACUGCGACUGGCGAGCGGUUUGCUGGUGGCGGGCGGCGCGUGGUGCGCGGAGGCGGUGGAGGGUUCGUCGGGCACGCGCGUGCUGGCGUGCGCGGCGGAGGCGCAGGAGAGCCCGCGCUCACCGCGGCACCUGCUGUACGGGUGUGGGCUGGCGGUGGGCGCGGCGUUCCUGGCGGCGACGCUGGCCGCCGGGUGCGCGCUGCCGGCGGCGCACCACGCGCUGCACUGGCGCUGCCAGACGCAGUACGUGGCGUCGCUGAUGCUGGCCGAUAUUUUGCUGGCAGGCACGCAGCUCGCCGCCGAUCAGGUGCCGCCCGCGCUGUGCCGAGCACUAGCGGUGUGCAUGCACUUCCUGUUCCUGGCGGCGUUCUUCUGGCUCAACACCAUGUGCUUCAACAUCUGGUGGACCUUCCGGGACUUCCGUCCGACGAGCCUCGAGCGCGGACAGGAGUCGUGGCGCCUGCGUGUGUACACGGUGUACGCGUGGGGCGGCCCGCUCUGCAUCGCCGGCAUCGCGGCGCUGCUCGACGCCCUCCCCCCGCCCCCCGAGGGCCCUGACCUCCUCCGCCCGAGGUUCGGCGACCAGCGCUGUUGGUUCUACGGCGACGCGGAGAUUCUGGUGUACUUCUUCGGGCCGGUGGGCGUGCUGCUGCUGGUCAACCUGGCGCUGUUCGUGUCCACCACCAGGCAGCUCACCUGUGGCCUCUGGCGACGCGACGAGGUCAAGUCUACGAGCGAACGGGCCGCUCUGGGGCGCGUGUGCGCCAAGCUGGUGGUGGUGAUGGGCGUGACGUGGGGCGCCGACGUGGUGUCUUGGGUGGCGGGCGGGCCCGAGUACGUGUGGUACGGCACGGACCUGCUGAACGCGCUGCAGGGCGUGCUGAUCUUCCUGGUGGUGGGCGCGCAGCCGGCCGCGCUGGCGGCGCUGCGCGACGCGCUGGCGCGCUGCUGCCGCGCGCCCGCGCCGCCCGCGCGGCGCCGCCCCGACCGCGCCACGCACUCCUCCACGCACCUGCCGUCCUGCGGCGAGUCGCUCACCAACACCACGGCCGCGCCGCCCUCCAGCGCUGCUCCCCCGGCGCCCGCCAAGGUUCCCAUGGAGACCGUUUGUUGAGCGCCACGCCAUUAAACCCGAGCAUGUGUGUUUACAAGACUUCUGCACGCGUCAACUCUGUGCUAUUUUUCUACCCGCGUGUAAGUGAUAACUAGUGACAUAAUGACAAAUGCGCGGAUCUGUGUUUCGUUUCACGCCCGUGUGACACUCGUGACGUGACGUGACAGCGUGCGCUGACGAACGCCAAGUGAAGGCGACAACCGAGCUUUAAUGUACUUCCUCUUGUACUCGAUAUUUAUUGUAUUCUACAGUAUUAUUUUUGUAUUUUUGUUAACGAUUACGAUUUGUAUGUUGUAUGAUCCUGUAUCGUGCCCGUAGCCCGGCCGGUGUUGUAAAAGUUAUGUUCGUUUUUAAAUAU